AAUUUUUUCUCGCUAUGAUGCUUAAUAUAUACAUAUAAUUUUAUUAUGGAUCACUCUAACAUCAUAAUUUAGACAGUCUGUCCAUAUCGACAUGUGAAUGAAUGGUCAUUCACUUAUGCCAAGAAGCGGGGUCUAAUGGAUACCCACGACUUCUGCUGUGACUCCUGUCCUACAUGACAAGGCUACUCAUAAUGGCUCCAAAUUCAGACAGUUCAGUUGCAGUAGUUGUUGCAUCUGCAGAUGAAGAUCUUCAUGGCAGACUUCUCAGACUGGGAGUGUCCUGAGCUGCGGGUGAAUCGGAUACGGGAGGUGGGAGCGGAGAACGACUCGAUUUGUCUCCCGCUGGAUCAGUUCCAGGUGACGGGGCCGAAUGGGAGUCAUUUCUGCUUUGUGUAUCCGGUUGCCGGGCCCAAGGUGUCGUGUAUUCUGCAGGAGUUUGAGGAGCCAGAUCGCGUGUUAAGGAGGGUGGGGUUGAAUGCUGUCAAGGCGAUGGUGGCGCUGCAUCGGUUUGAGAUCUGUCAUGGUGAUUUCACACCGUCGAAUAUCCUCCUGCGCGUAUCUGGUCUGGACGGCCUCCCAGAAGACCGAGUUAUACAGAUCCUCGGACAACCAAAAACAGUCAACGUCGUAACCAGCACCGGCGAGAAACCAUCCCAUCCCAGCGCGCCGCAAUACCUCGUGCAUCCCGUUGACUUUCAAUCCGUGCAUCACCGCUAUCUCUCCGAUGAAAUCUACAUUAUCGAUUGUGGAAAAUCAUACCAUGUCUCCCUUCCCCCGGACGAUCUCGAUAUCCCGCAGAAUUACUACUCGCCUGAGCUCAUCUUGGACGGGCAGACCGGUAUAGGAAGUGACUUGUGGGCAUUGGGAUGUACGCUCUUUGCCAUCCGGACGGGAAGAAGGUUAUUCGAUCUCUUCGAUGAUGAUCGCGAUGAUCAUCUCUACCAUAUGGUGAUGCUACUGGGCAUCCUCCCUGAACCAUGGUGGACGAGCACAUGGUCAACGCGAGAAGAUUACUUUGACGACCGUCCAUCUUCAAAUAACCGCGCAGUGAAAACUUUUGAAGCCCUCGAUGAACCCGCAGAACCACACGAACCGCGCUCGAUUGAAGAAAUGCUAGACCAUGGAUUGGUAUAUAUCGAGUCGCGGACCGGGAUGAUUCCAAAGGAAGUCCGACGGAGGAUAUCAGCAGAGGAGGUGACGAUGUUUGCUGACCUGCUGGGAUUGAUACUUCGAUAUCAGCCAGAGGAGAGAUUGACGGCGGAUUUGGCGCAGCAUCAUGGCUGGUUUAGUAUGUGAUUUAUUGGAGAUGUCAUUUACAUUAAUACUAAUUGCAAUAUAAACCACCAUUAUUAAUGGUCUAAAUGUAUAAUGUAUCAAGAAACCCCCAUGCACG